GGGCUCUGGUUCAUCUUUAACCUCGCCAUUGCGGAUGGCAUGGUUGGUUUCACGGUCGUGGGGCUGGUCAGUGACGAGUUUUCCCAGCCCUUUCAGCCUCGCCAGGUCUUCUGCGUCCUGAGGAUGGCUUUCGUGACCUCCUCCUCCGCCGCCUCCAUCAUAUCCCUGAUUCUGGUUGCGGGCGACAGGCACCUGGCCAUCCGGAAGCCUUUCCACUAUUUCCAGCUGGUGACGGGCUGGUGGGUCGGAGUGCGCUUAGUGGGGGUCUGGCUGGUGGCUGGCCCCCUCCGCACCCCGGGCUUUCAGAAUCUCUCUGUCCACCACAAGAAGUGCUCCUUCUUCGAGAUCUUCCACCCCGCCUACAUGCUCACUGUCUUCUGCUUUGGCUUCUUCCCGGCACUCUUCCUCUUCAUUUACCUCUACUGCGACAUGCUGAAAAUCGCCUCCGCGCACGUGCAGCAGAUCCGG